AAAAGUUGUACUCAGCCUGCGUAACUCAGGCAUUAUCGAACUGAAAAAUAUAUCGUAUCAUUUACUUUUCAAAUAAAACGACCAAAGAUGGUGGAUCGACGAUGUUUUACAUUGUUAUUGGUUGGGUUCGUCAUUUGUGAUCUCUUCGUUGUAAAUGUCAUCGGUGUUGAUACUGAACAAAAGAAGAAAAGUGAAAAAAAGUCGAAAAAAGGUUUCUACUUCUCCGCUCAAUGUGGAUUUGGUUGUGGUAAAAAUAAUGAAGCUAUGGAGCCUGUACCUCUAUCGCAAAUAAGAUCAUCGCCAUCAACACCAUCGGCGCUUUCACGUGCCUCUUUACUGAAAGUAUCCGAGAAAGAUAAGAAUUUAUUGUUCCCUUUGCCACGUCCAUCGAAACCAUUACCAGAACCACAAUUACCGUCAUCUUCGCACUUAACGCAAACACAUAAACAAUUCGCUCAAACCAGUGCAAAUCCAAAUUCGAUGCCAUCGAAUUUCAAACAAGAAUCAUCAUUACCAUCAUCGGCAUCGAUCGCAGUACCACGUAAACAAUUUACUGAAACCAGUCCAAAUCCAGGCUCAUCGGCUUUCAAACAAGUGGAAAGCCAACCUUUUGCAAAGGGCAGUGGUCAACAAUUACCACCACAAAGAUCAGCUCUACCACUUCCACCACUUCCACCUCUUCCACCAAGUGCAAAUGCCAAAAAAUCACAUAAAAUUGCACCAAGCCGUUUUAAAGACCCGUCGUCCCUCGUGUCGCAAAGAGUUCAACAGGUUGAGGAUCGCAUAAAAAUGAAUAUAAAUCCAUUGCUGGUGCCAGUGCCUUUGAAUCCACCAAAAAACAAUCUUGGCAGGCCGAAACCAAAUCACUUCGAUGUACCACGAGUACCAGAUGAAAAUGGACAAAUUUUAUAAACAUUUAUACAUCCUUUUCUUGCGUUUUCGAACAAAACGCUUCAAAUUAGAUUCUCAGACACUUAUCUAUCGCUCCAAAACUCCAAAAUUAAAUGAACGUGUAAAAUUGUAUUUCUGAAAAUAAAAGGUUAUUGAACUUUCCGGGAGAAAAA